AUCAUGGUCGCAUUGUUUAUAAUUGAGGUCGUCUUGGAUCUCUUUCUGUCUGGUUUAUCCCAGGGCUUGGUCCAUCCUACAGAACAGAAUGUUGGGUGAGAUUCACAAGUAACCUGCAUCUUAAUCUUGUUGUCCAGUCUAGUCAGAUCAUGUUACUCUCUUCCCUAUUACUCGGGGUAGCUUCAUGCGCUGCACAAGUCUCCGCAGACGCAGCAGACCAGAUCCUACAGCACAAUGCCGCCAUCCAAACGCUUCUCGCGCAGACGCCCGUCCAGGGCGUGCAUAAAAUGAGCGACGACGAGGGCGAGAAGUUCUUCAUGGACUAUUGGCAUUUCGAGGACGACCCGAUCGUCGGGAACUUCACUGAGCGCCAGGAAAGCAACCCCCCCCGCGAAACUGACCGAAGCGCUCUUCUGCCUCGUUCAUAUCCGUUCCAUCCGUCGUUUGCGCUUGAUUCCGAUCGGCUGCGAAACUUGCGUUUUUCACACCUGGUUAAAAAGGACUUUCAGUGUCCGUCAGGGACCUACAGUUGUACUGCGAUCAAUCGACCAGAUAGCUGCUGCUCUACCGAUGAGACGUGCAUGAUCGUCAAGGAUACGGGGUCUGGCGAUGUAGGCUGCUGUCCCUCGGGACAAACCUGUUCUGGGACCAUUGGUUCCUGUUCGCAGGGGUACACUAGCUGCCCAUCGUCUCUUGGGGGGGGAUGCUGUAUUCCUGGGUAUGAGUGUGUCACUGGGGGCUGUAGGUCUAUCCCCAACCCAACCAGAUGAGUUUGCAAUCUAACCAAGUGGUCCAGGUGCCCGUGUUUUCACCGUGACAG